CUUUGAUAUUAUUCCCGUCUCCACGUCCUCUUCGUGUGAUGUCUCAUAUAGUAAUUAUACGAAUAGUAUCAAUAGCCAUCAACCAAAUAAUAGAAUGGAGGAUACGAGUAUUUAUAUGGGCGAGGUCACACCAUCCACGUUAAUAGAUUCAUCACCUUUGAAAAUGGAUACAUUUGAACAACAAACAUCUACAAUAGAAAUGAAAAAAAAGAUGAUUUGCGUGUUGGGUCAAGCAUUGAUCAAUGGUGGUUGUCCUGUUUACCGAGUGGAUGAUGUCUUAAAACAUUGUACAAAGUUAUUAGGCAUUCAUGCUUCUUAUACAUACCUUCCAGAUUCCAUCAUGGUAACAUUCAUCAUUGAUCAACAAGUGCAAACAAUGAUGGUCAAAGCAAGUCCAUCCUAUGAUACCAGCAAAUUAGGAAGAAUCAAUACAGUGAUGAAUCAAUUCCUUUUUCAGUAUCAUCAGCAUCAGUAUAUAGAAGACCCCGAUGAUCAUCAGCAUAAUAAUGAUCAUCAUCAAUGUGACGAGGCUGAAGAUUGUUGUUGGGAAUUAUUUGAUCAUUGCCUUCAAUCACUUUACACAAUCAUAGCCGAUAGACCUACCUGUGGAUUCUUUGGUACAUUAUUUGGUUUUAGCAUCAGUGCGUUUUCAGGAUGUAUCUUAUUAUUUAAUGGAUCAUGGAUAGAUGCUGGACUUAGUGGUGUCCUGGGUGCUCUAGUUGGUUUACUCUAUACGUUAUCCAGUCGAUAUCCAAUUUACGGUAGAGUGUUUGAAUUAUCAUCAUCUGUCGUUGUCGCCAUCAUUGCUCGUGCUUUACAUCGUUUCUGUUGUUUCUCAAGUGUUGGUGUGUCUGCCAUCUUGAUUUUGCUUCCUGGUUAUACGAUGACCAUUGCUGUGAUGGAAUUAUCAGCUCGGCAUAUUAAUACAGGUACGAUCAGAUUAGUGUAUGCGGUAGUAUAUGCAUUUGUACUUGCGUAUGGACUUCAAGUGGGCAAUAGUAUGUAUUCGGUGAUUGAUCCUACAUCUUCAGAUGUGGGAGUAUGUCAAGAUGCAGUUUCACCAUGGUUUUAUAUCCCGAUUUUUCCAUUGUUAAGCAUUUCUCUUGGCAUCACCUUCGGUUCAAGUCGUAAACAAUGGUUGACACAAACACUUUGUGGUGCUGUAGGGUUUUUACCUUCUUAUUUCCUGGGAAACGUCAUUCCUGAUGGUCAGAUUAUCGGUAGUAUUGCCUCUUUUGCAGUUGGACUUUAUGCGAACUUGGCUUUGAAAAUCACGGGUGAUGCCCCAUUGGUUCCUUUAUGCGUUGGUGUGACAUUAUUAGUACCUGGAAGUAUAGGCGUUCGAGGUGCUUAUACAUUAUUACAUCAAGAAGGCAUAUCACAUGAUUCUUUUCCUAUUCAAAUGUUAACAAUAUGUUUGGCUGUGGUGGCUGGCUUAUUUGCUGCUUCGAUGAUUGUUUAUCCUUCUGGUAAACGACGAUCUUUAUAUGUUUCAUUGUAG